AUGGCAGAACCAGGCUCUGGUUUGAGCCCCGCCAACUACAUUUACAAGCUUGUGAGCUUGGAUUUCAACUAUGAGUACGUGCAGAGAGAAGCUCUCAGGGUUCCCCUGAUAUUUCGAGAAAAGGAUGGACUGGGGAUUAAGAUGCCUGACCCUGAUUUCACAGUCCGAGAUGUCAAACUCCUAGUGGGCGGCCGUCGGCUGGUGGACGUGAUGGAUGUGAACACGCAGAAGGGCGCGGAAAUGAGCAUGUCCCAGUUUGUGCGGUACUACGAGACUCCUGAGGCUCAGCGGGACAAGCUGUACAAUGUCAUCAGCCUUGAGUUCAGCCACACCAAGCUGGAGCACCUGGUCAAGCGUCCGACUGUGGUAGACCUGGUGGACUGGGUGGACAACAUGUGGCCCCAGCAUCUGAAGGAGAAGCAGACAGAAGCCACGAACGCCAUUGCAGAGAUGAAAUACCCGAAAGUGAAGAAAUACUGUCUGAUGAGCGUCAAAGGUUGUUUCACUGACUUCCACAUCGACUUUGGAGGCACUUCUGUUUGGUACCAUGUUUUCCGGGGUGGGAAGAUCUUUUGGCUGAUUCCUCCAACCCUACACAAUUUGGCACUGUACGAGGAGUGGGUGCUAUCAGGCAAACAGAGUGACAUCUUCCUGGGAGACCGCGUGGAGCGAUGCCAAAGAAUUGAGCUGAAACAGGGCUACACGUUUUUCAUCCCUUCCGGUUGGAUCCACGCAGUCUACACUCCUGUAGACUCUCUGGUAUUUGGUGGAAACAUCCUGCACAGCUUUAACGUGCCCAUGCAGCUGCGGAUCUACGAGAUUGAGGACAGAACACGGGUGCAGCCCAAAUUCCGUUACCCCUUCUACUAUGAGAUGUGCUGGUAUGUCUUGGAGAGAUACGUAUACUGUGUGACCCAGCGGUCCUACCUCACUCAGGAAUACCAGAGAGAAUCCAUGCUUAUUGAUGCCCCAAGAAAACCCAGCAUAGACGGCUUCUCAUCUGAUUCCUGGCUGGAGAUGGAGGAGGAGUCCUGUGAGCAGCAGCCUCAGGAGGAGGAGAAGGAGGAGGAGGAGGAAGAGGAGGAGGAGGAGGGUGCAGAUAAGGUGCCCAAACUUCCGGCUGAUGGUCCUGCCUCGCCCACCAGCACCCCUUCAGAGGACCAGGAGGCCCCCGGGAAGAAGCCCAAAGCACCUGCCAUGCGGUUCCUCCAAAGGACUUUGUCUAACGAGUCGGAGGAGAGUGUGAAGUCCACGACGGUGCCCACAGACUACCCCAAGACGCCCACUGGCUCUCCAGCCACGGGGGUCUCUGCCAAGUGGACCCACCUCACCGAGUUUGAGCUGAAGGGCCUGAAAGCGCUGGUGGAGAAACUGGAAUCUCUCCCAGAGAACAAGAAGUGUGUCCCCGAGGGCAUCGAGGACCCCCAGGCACUCCUGGAGGGUGUGAAGAAUGUCCUGAAGGAGCAUGCAGACGACGACCCCAGUCUGGCCGUCACUGGGGUCCCUGUAGUCACUUGGCCAAAGAAGACUCCAAAGAACCGGGCGGUAGGUCGGCCCAAGGGGAAGCUGGGCCCGGCCUCCGCUGUGAAGUUGGCCGCCAACCGGACGACGGCGGGAGCUCGCCGGCGCCGGACGCGAUGCCGCAAGUGCGAGGCCUGCCUGCGGACCGAGUGCGGAGAGUGUCACUUCUGCAAGGACAUGAAGAAGUUCGGGGGCCCCGGGCGGAUGAAGCAGAGCUGUAUCAUGCGGCAGUGCAUCGCGCCAGUGCUGCCCCACACCGCCGUGUGCCUGGUGUGUGGCGAGGCAGGGAAAGAAGACACAGUGGAAGAGGAAGAAGGAAAGUUUAAUCUCAUGCUAAUGGAGUGCUCUAUCUGCAACGAAAUCAUCCACCCCGGAUGCCUUAAGAUUAAGGAGUCAGAGGGCGUGGUCAACGAUGAGCUUCCAAACUGCUGGGAGUGUCCAAAGUGUAACCACGCCGGCAAGACCGGGAAACAAAAGCGUGGCCCUGGCUUUAAGUAUGCCUCCAACCUGCCCGGCUCCCUGCUCAAGGAGCAGAAGAUGAACCGGGACAACAAGGAAGGGCAGGAGCCUGCCAAGCGGAGGAGUGAGUGCGAGGAGGCGCCUCGGCGCAGGUCAGAUGAGCACCCCAAGAAGGUGCCCCCGGAUGGCAUCCUGCGCCGAAAGUCAGACGACGUGCACCUGAGGAGGAAGCGGAAAUACGAGAAGCCCCAAGAGCUGAGUGGACGCAAGCGAGUACGGAGCGGGAGGAGCGGGCAGCGAGGGCGGCGGUCCUGGAAGAACGCCGAGGACCGGAUGGCCCUUGCCAACAAGCCUCUCCGGCGCUUCAAGCAGGAGCCAGAGGAUGACCUGCCCGAGGCGCCCCCCACCGCCCGGGAAAGCGACCACUCCCGUUCAAGCUCCCCUACCGCCGGGCCCAGCACCGAGGGGGCAGAGGGCCCUGAGGAGAAGAAGAAGGUGAAGAUGCGCCGGAAAAGGCGGCUUCCCACCAAGGAGCUGAGCAAGGAGCUGAGCAAGGAGCUGAACCAAGAGAUCCAGAAGACCGAGAACAGCCUGGCCAAUGAGAACCACCAGCCCAUCAAGUCAGAGCCCGAGAGCGAGAGCGAGGAGCCCAAGCGGCCCCUGGGCCUCUGCGAGCGCCCCCACCGUUUCAGCAAGGGGCUCACCGGCCCCCCUCGGGAGUUGCGGCACCAGCUGGGGCCCGGCCUGCGGAGCCCACCCCGUGUCAUCUCCCGGCCCCCUCCCUCCGUGUCCCCGCCCAAGUGCAUCCAGAUGGAGCGACAUGUGAUCCGGCCGCCCCCCAUCAGCCCCCCGCCUGACUCACUGCCCCUGGACGAUGGGGCGGCCCACGUCAUGCACAGGGAGGUGUGGAUGGCCGUCUUCAGCUACCUCAGCCACCAAGACUUGUGUGUCUGCAUGCGGGUCUGCAGGACCUGGAACCGCUGGUGCUGCGAUAAGCGGUUAUGGACCCGCAUCGAUCUGAACCACUGCAAGUCCAUCACGCCCCUGAUGCUGAGUGGCAUCAUCCGGCGGCAGCCUGUCUCCCUGGACCUCAGCUGGACCAAUAUCUCCAAGAAACAGCUGAGCUGGCUCAUCAACCGGUUGCCUGGGCUCCGAGACUUGGUGCUGUCGGGCUGCUCGUGGAUCGCCGUCUCAGCUCUCUGUAGCUCCAGCUGUCCUUUGCUCCGGACCCUGGAUGUCCAGUGGGUGGAAGGACUAAAGGAUGCCCAGAUGCGGGAUCUCCUGUCCCCGCCCACAGAUAACAGGCCAGGUCAGAUGGACAAUCGGAGCAAGCUCCGGAACAUUGUGGAACUGCGUCUAGCAGGCCUGGACAUCACAGAUGCCUCCCUGCGGCUCAUCAUACGCCACAUGCCCCUGCUGUCCAAGCUCCACCUCAGUUACUGUAACCACGUUACCGACCAGUCCAUCAACCUGCUCACCGCUGUGGGCACCACCACCCGAGACUCCUUAACCGAAAUCAACCUAUCAGACUGCAAUAAGGUGACUGACCAGUGCCUGUCCUUCUUCAAACGCUGUGGAAAUAUCUGUCAUAUUGACCUGAGGUACUGCAAGCAGGUCACCAAGGAGGGCUGUGAGCAGUUCAUAGCUGAAAUGUCUUCUUGCCGAGGGAGAAGCUGUUCUGCCGCCUGUCUGGGGCUGAAUGAGCCGGACCCUUUCCUUUGGUCUGAAUUCUAG